UACAAGAGCUGAUUUUAACCACAUGGUAUUUUUAUAUGACUUCAUUUUUGCAGGUUAUGACGUUUGAGCUGUUUUAUUUUUGAGCAUAGCCUGGAAACAUGAUGACUUUGAACCAGACAUUGUCUCAGAAUGACGAUACAGAGCCUCACUCUGACGAUGCACAGGGCGCAUGUGCAGACUGGAGAGAGGCUCAGCAUUCAUUAUUUCAGUUAGCCAACAUGUGCCUCAUCUUAUCAUUUUUGACUCCAAACAAAUUUCGUUAUUACCCUUUGUGUCUGCGAAUAUUCCUAGGAACGGGUUAUCUUUUCUUUUCCCUGUGGUCAGGGCUUAUAGUAUGUAUGCCAGACGUCCUUAUAUGGUCUGCUGGGUUUUUUUUCGUGAACCUUCUUCAUCUUUGUUAUAUAGGAUACAGUAUGCUUCCAUCGAGAAUAAAUAAAGAUUUGGAUGAUCUUUACAAGAAAUUGUUUGAACCUUUAAGAGUUAGUAAGCCUGAGUAUGAUUGUCUGGUGAAGGUUGGAUAUGUACAUGGAUUGGAAAGAUUUGAUGAAUACGCAAAGGAGGGAUUAACGCCAUGUGGACUAAAAACAUCCAUUUUAUUAAAAGGCAGGUUGAAAGUGCAGUUUGAGGAACUCCUGGUCCAUUACAUUGAAGGAAACCAGUUCGUCGACUCUCCAGAGUACGACUUCACUAAUCGUACGCUGACGUCUGAGAGAUCAGAGUGUAACUCACCCGAACGCAUCUUACUUUCUGACAAACGGGACACAUACCAAGUGACUAUCUCUGCAGUAGAGGAAAGCCUUCUUUUAACAUGGUCACUCGACAAACUCAGUCAAUUUUUACAGUCAAAUCCAGCCUUAUCUGCAAUCUUUCAAUUAUUGAUUGGUAAAGACAUAAGCGAUAAGCUUUAUCAGAUACAGGAAAUGCUUCUCUCUGACCCAGAGUGUCCUUUAGCACGGUCGAACCAAAACUAUCAACUUAGAACACAGACCGACAGCCAUAGUUCACAGUCCUCUCUAUUGAAUCUCUGAAGUGUUAUUGUAUCAGGUGCUUCUAUUUCAAGCCUUGAUCAUUUAAAAUGCCUUGGAGUGGAUUUCAAAGAGCCGUCGGCCUUCCACCCACAUGUGAAGGACAGUAUGUUUGAGAGUCAAGUGUAAGACGGACUAAGAAAGAUGUUUAGUUGUAAAUAGCACUUCUAGA